CAGCUCCUUGUUUGCUGUAUGUACAGUUGCCAGGUAGCGAACGCAAACAUUGCCAAUGGCGUCGAGGGCGAAGCGGCGGACACGAAGUAUCCGGUUUGAAAUCGACGAUUUUACAUCUGAAUACCGGGGCUCCAUGUUACUGCUUCUGCUACUGAAGCAGGGGGAACAGAGAAAGAAGUCACUUCUCCACAGACUUGUCCUUCUGUCUAAAAUGCACCCCGACCUGGUUGACAAAAGAGAACUGGGAGGAUACUAUGAAACCUUGUUCCAGAAACUCCAGCGCUAUCAUCAAGGGGAUACAAUCACUGGACAUCUGAUGCUGUACCCUAACUAUGCUGUUCAUGUGGUAGAGUCUUCCAGUGAUGUGCUAUAUUCCGUGAUCCAGGAUUUAAGGGAUGUGCAGGAACAAGAAAGACCUUUGCAUUUGGAGUCCAAAAUCCUGGUGAUGUCUCACAAUGUUCCCAGCAGACUGUUCCAGCAGUGGGAGUAUAAUGUCCUGAGUAUCUCUGCAAAACGACUGGAUGAUAAUUUGCAAAGGGAACCAAUAGAAAAGAUCAUCAGUGAAAGCCUCACUUUGCUUCUUAAGCUAGGAAUGCAUAUGCAGGAAGCAUACAAGGAAUCCCCCAACAAUCAAACUGAUUCUGUGCUAGGUGAUGUCCCGGAACUGAUUAUUCCUCAGAAUCUGAUUGCUCGACUGGUAGAAUCUCAUGAACUUUUAACGCCUGCCCAAUUUCUGCACAAUUAUAGUGCUCCAUUAAACAUACUUAUGGACUCAGAAUUUGUAUGGCCAGCACCGGAACAUAUACUGCCUGCCAAAAGAAAAUAAUGGGCCUUGUGAAAUAUGGGCUGUUUCCUUCUUCAGAGAAAGAAUAAUAUUUAAGUUUUAUAGUGAUGGUCUCCUUGCAUUUUCUCAGAAUAGACAGUGCAUUCCAAGAAUUAUUAUAAAAAGCUUAAGAUAAUAUUGGGUGCAUACAUACUUGUAGAGAUUAUAUGAUUGCUACUAUUCGGAGGCAUUUAUGAACUAUAACAAUUGAUAUUAAUAAUUUAAAGAAACAGAAGAAUAUUUUAAAAGUGAAAAUAAAGUAAAAUUCUUCAAAACACAAAAUCACUAAUAAAUCAUUAAAGAUGUUAAAGUAAAAAAAAAAUUGCUUAUUUUCCUAUUCAGCAAGUAGAGAAUCCACAUUCAAAUGAAUGGGGUUUGCAGUCCCACACUAGGUCAGACCAGGUGCAGGUUCAGAGAAACCAAUUCCCCAGUGUAAUGCUGUGGAAUCCCAGCAAGGCUAAGCACUGCUGGACUCCAUAUGCAGGCAAGCAACAGAGUGGAGUGAGAGAUAUGGCCUGAAGCAGACUUGAAGUUGAAACAUAAAUCUCAUAGGUCAGCAUUCAUCACUUAGUUCACUGAGGACAUUUUGAUGGUUUUUAAAUAAAACUUUUAUAUUUAAAGUUUGUUGCCUCCCAAAGUCCCUGCUCUUAUAACUGUGCAGGAUGACUUACAAUGGACAAAAACUUUUGAUUGAUCAUCAGCUGACACCUUUGGGCAUGUGUUCCAGUCAUGUCACCUAUUUUGAGCUGCAUCCUGGAGCACAACCAGCUUCUGUACCAUCAGAUUGUAAUUCAUCCAUGGAACCUUGCCAUUUAUUGGAAGGCCAUUUUAUGGAUAAUUUAUAAGUUACCGUUGUCAGCAGCACUCUAAGCUCCCAGACAUCCUCUCUACACUGCAAAUAUGCAUCCAUUAAUGGACAAACAGCACAUACUAAGGCCGAGAUUACACAGCAUGAUAGAAAUAAAUGAAUGCUUACACUAUUCAUAUGGAUUUUUUUAUAUUAUUUGUUGUCUUAACUAAGCUAAUCUCUGUUAAAAAUAGCAAAGACCGGUGGGUGAGUUGUAUGAUCAUUCUGGAGAGGUGGAUUAGGCAGGCAUUCCUCCUCUGCAGUCAUAUCAUGAUAUUUGAU